AUGAACUAUGCUAAACUUGAUCAUAGUAUAGAAGUCGAAAAAAAAGCUCCAAUAAGCUGUCAAAAUUUUAGAGAUCUUGAAUUCGAAAGAAAAGUGCAUAAGGCACCUGAUUACUGUAAAAAAUCUGCUAAAAAUGAAAGUAAACCAGAAAAAGUCAAUAUAAAAAUCUACCUAAAGGCACCAAGUAUCUUUAAACCAGGCAAUAAAAGCAGUAAUGAAGCCGAUGGCUUAAAUAACAAUAAGAAAGGAAAAGCUAACGGUGUCAAAGAUGGAAAAGCCAGGACAAUUGAUGAAGAAAUCUCAAACGAAAACAUAAGAACCGAAAGUGACGACCGUAACGGAACGUCAGAUAAAUUUUGA